UAUGCUGGUGUUUGCGUCUCCACCGGGACAGCUGUUGUCGGUUCUGUUUCUUUAAGGCCGGAUCGUUUACAGCUCACACACGGCUGACGAUCGGCGCCUGCUCAGUGCGUCUUCUCCGCUGCCGCUGCUUGGAUCGCGGACCUGGAGGGUUUGUGUCCCGUCCGUGUGCUCCUGUGUGCUGUGUCUGAUGGUAACCCAUGGAUUGACGGAGGGGGAGGCUAUUGUUACCAGCCCGGUGGCUUGUUCUGCUGCAGCUGCACUUUCAGCAGAGAAUGCCCAAAGCAAACGGAGCGGUAACUGCACGGAUAGCGCAGGAAUACACCAGAGAAUCAAGAUAUUGACAUGAAGAAAGACAUCGAGAGUCUAAUCGCAGAAGAACGAGCUGAUAUCAUCUUGAAGUAUGCUACGGGCAGGCAGGGCGGGGUGGAGAUCUACCCCUGGGAGGAUGCUGAUUACAGCAUCUACAAAGUCAUCGACCGUUUCGGCUUCAUGCAUGAAGAUGAGCUGCCGGCACCAACUGCACACGAAGAGAAGCUGAAGCAGCAGGAGAUCGAGAGAGCAGAGAAAUGGCUGAAGAUGGUGAAGAAGUGGGAUAAAUACAAGAACAGUGACAGGAUGGUAAAACGAGUAUACAAAGGCAUCCCCCUGCAGCUCCGAGGCCGGGCCUGGGCACUGAUGCUGGACGUGGACAGGGCCAAGAAGGAGAACGAGGGCAAAUAUGAGCAGGCUCUCUUUCAUGUCCUCUCUGCAUAUUCGGUCUACAACACAGAGGUGAGCUACUGCCAGGGCAUGAGUCAGAUUGCCGCCCUGCUGCUCAUGUACAUGAAUGAGGAAGACGCUUUCUGGGCCCUGUCACAGCUGCUCACCAACCAGAAACACGCCAUGCAUGGCUUUUUUGUUCCAGGCUUUCCAAAACUUCAGAGAUUCCAGGCACAUCAUGAUCAGAUUAUUUCCAAGCUCGUUCCCAAACUGAAGAAACAUCUGGACAAGGAGCAGAUGUCUGCAGGCAUUUACAGCACCAAAUGGUUCCUGCAGUGUUUCAUUGACAGGACACCGUUCACCCUAACGCUCCGCCUGUGGGACAUUUUCAUCCUGGAGGGAGAGCGGCUCCUCACCGCCAUGUCUUACACUAUCCUCAAGAUACACAAGAAGCGCCUCUUGAAGAUGUCUCUGGAGGAGCUGAGAGAGUUCCUGCAGGAGCGCAUCGCUCAGACUUUUUUCUACAGCGACGACAUGAUCGUUGAGCAGCUUCAGGCCUCCAUGGCUGAGCUGCGAAAGAUGAAGCUGGAUCUCCCGCCUCCAGGGAAGCCUGAGGAGCUGCCCCGUAAGCCGCUGGGCCAAGAGCUACCCGUGCUGCUGAGUCCAGUGCGGCCCUCUGAAGGGAAGCCAACGUCAGCUAGCGGGUUCCCCAAAGCCGGCCUGUGCCUCCGCAUCAUCUCCCACCAGCCAGACUCCAUAUCCCCAGACCAGAGUCCCUCCAAGGACCUUGUGAAUCUUGAAGGUGUGGACAAAGAGGAGACUCCGUUGCCUUCCCCAGAUCCCGUCAUCAUCCACAGCCAAGCCCCACUCACCCCUGACAGCUCCCCACUAGCAGGGCCUCCGCCUUACCAACCCCCAUGGAGUCAAACUGUGGUUGCAGCAGAUCAGCCGUCACCACGGUCAGACCCGGAGAGAGUUGGAAUAGAAGCUGAUGUCUCGGUAGGACCUCCCUCACCUUCAGAAAUAACCAGCGCCACGCACUCGGCCUCUACUAACGACCUCACCGCAGACGCGCGUUCGGCCGUCACCGGUCAGUUCUGCUGCAAAGUCCCGCGGACUCUUUCGGCGCCCGUGUCUCAGGUAGCCUCGCCGGCUUUGGGCACGGCCCAGUCUGAGAGUCCGCCUGCAGCAGAGAGGCUGCAGCUGCCGGAGCAGGCCUCAGCUCUGAGCAGGGACGCGAACCUGGACUCGAGUGCAGAAUCAGAGGACACAUCGGCUGCCGAUGUUUCAUGAGAAGAGCAGAAAAGUGUAGAUCGCUAAUUUAUUUAUGACGCUUUUACAUGUAAAAAGGUUAAGUCUGUGAUUAAUGUUCUGGUGUGAUUUAUUAGUCAGAUUUACAGUGUUAAGCAACAGUUGCUUCAAAAUGUGCUUUCAGUUUCGGGACCAGUAUUUAUAAAAGUUUUGUAUUUGCCAAUUUUCAAACGGACUUUCUAAAGACUUUUGGCUACAAGAAGCUGUUUCCUCCUUCGGACUUUUCAGCCCUUUUUCAUGUUGGGUAAGAUUUUAACUGGUAGAUUUUUGCCCUUUAUGUGGCUGAAAGUUCCAGAUGUAGGUUACAAAGACAAUAUGUCGACAUAGUGAAAGGCAGAUGGGUUUGUUUGGUCCUGAAGCAGUGAGCAGGACGAUGUAUGUGCUGUUCUGUUAGAUCCAGUGUGACAGUAUCCAGUUGUGGGAGAAGUAAAGGACAUGCUAGCUAGCUGUCAUUCUGGCUUUUAAAUGUCUUAAUUAGAAGAUGUCUGUCUUAAUACAACCCUCACAUGCUUUGCUGAAUAAGCAAAUGGCCCAAGCCAUUUAUAAGCCUUAAAUGGCUUGAGCCUGUAACUGAUGAGAAAUAUAUCAGCAUAUUCUGAGAGGAUCAGCUGAGAACUUUUGUCAGAUUUAAUUGAUUUUCAGUUCAGUUCUUUUCUCCAGUCGAGCAGAAGCUUCAGUAGUUUGGGUUUUGUUUGUGGGCACCAAUCUUUCCACUUUAACCGAACAUUAAAAAACAUCAGAGUACCUGCUAAAAUCGCUGAUCUGUGGAAAACACGUCACGUCAUCGUUCCAACUUUGGGCACAAAGCAUUUUUGCCCAGAAUGGACUGAUUCUUAUAGAGCGCUUUCUACUCUCCCGGAGUCCUCAAAGCGCUCUAUACAACAUUCACCCAAUCACACCCAUUCUCACACUUUAUCUAUAUUCAGUGCUUUCUAAGUACAUUCACACUCCGAUGGACGCAUCGGAGAGCAAGUUGGGGUUAGUAUCUUGCCCAAGGAUACUUGACAUGCAGACUGGAGGAGCCAGGGAUCGAACCACCAACCUUCCGAUCAGUAGGCGACCUGCUCUACCUCCUGAGCAACAGCCACCCCCAAUCAUACUGACUGACUAAAACUGCCGUCGCCUGCUUUAAUCAAGACAUCAUAUUCUAGGUCUGGAUUGGCGGGAAAGUCAUUUCCAAGAACUCCAAGUCUGAAGCAUCAUCCUUUACAACAGACAAAACAUGUUUGUAGUUUUUUAACUUUUUGUCUGUUCAGUCUAGGCCUUUGUAAAGUGUUUGCUAGGAGAGUUACAGGUUUAUUUUUUGUAAUAACGUCUCAAUGCCUUAUUUGGAUUGGCUUCAGUUCUGCAUUGGACCUCGUUGAACCUAACCUGACUCUACAUCAGGAAACAGAAGCAGCUUCCUGGCGCUGUACUGAUUGUGCAGAUCUCUGACAUGGUGAGCAGGCUCACUGUUGCGAUGAUACGCACUGAAACCUGUUGAGCUCAUUUCAAAGAAGUGCUUUUUUCUAGCUCUGUAAUUUAUUGUUUGUAUCAUCUCAGAAAAGGCAUCUUGUGCGUUUCCUCCUUGAACGGUGAAAAUACGCAAAACACGAAUGUGUAUGUAUCAGAUGAUUUGAACAUGUGUUUAAUAUUGUACAGUGCUGUAGAACCAGUAGGUAUACACAGCUGGGACUAGUUUGUUCAUCUGAAGGUAGAAAAACUUCAGUUGUGUUCUUAGAAAUAAUGAAACGCUGACAUCUUGUGGUUAGUUUAGAUUAAGAGUUUCUCUCCAGUUAUAGACGAGCCAGGAAGGAGAGAACUGUUCUAGAAAGGUCUUCAUUUUUUCCAAAUAAAUCUAGUCAUAUUUUACAAUGUAAUGCCAUUGUUUUGAUGUAAAUAUGUUUUAUGGUAUUUGACUAUAUUUACAUCCUAAAAAUCCUCCAGGGUUGGAGAAAUGAUGUGCCAAAGUCCAGUAGCUACAGUCCAACCAAUUAGCUGAUUGAAGCCUUGGAGGUGAAACAAUAAACUUUAAUUUUGA